GCAGCAAGCGGUGGGAUUUCAUCGUACCGGGAGAUCGAAGCAGGGUAGCGCCGGUUUCUCCCGGUUUACUGCCUCUAUUCUUCCCUUCCUCCAACCCUAGGCUUUUUCCGGCAGUUCCUUAACCCCUCGCCUGAGUAUUCGAUUUCGGACGGGCAUGUUGCGUUUCACUCACCGGAAGUAGAGUCAAAACGUAGGUUACCCUCUUCGUCCGUUGUGCGGGGUGUCUUCAGUUGCUACUCUUGAGGCGAAUGGAUCAAUGGAAGCCUGCGGAGAGUUUGUUCCAGGGCUUGUCCGUGACGGGCGCUACCGCCAAUGGUUUUGGCCGAGAUAGCGAAGAGGGCGUGUGGUCCGGUGGAUGGCAGGUUUCCUGUCCCGAUUCGAGUCAAAGGGUGGAGCAAGAAGCAAAGGAUUCAUCAAAUGCUCGAAAAGUACAUAAAGCUGACCGUGAAAAAAUGAGAAGGGAUCGGCUUAACGAGCAAUUUCUGGAGUUGGGAAACGUAAUAGACCCUGAUCGACCGAAGAACGACAAGGCAACCAUUCUUGGAGAUGCGAUCCUAAUGCUGAAAGAUUUGACUGCUCAAGUACACAGACUUAAAGCAGAACACACAUUGCUAUCUGAGGAAUCAAGAGAAUUGACUCAAGAGAAGAAUGAGCUUAGAGAAGAGAAAUCUGCUUUAAAAUCUGAAAUUGAUAACUUGAAUACUCAGUAUCAGCAGAGACUUGGAUGUUUGUAUCCUUGGGCCACAGUAGACCCUUCAGUUAUUAUACGUUCACCUUCUCCGUAUUCUUUUCCCAUUUCCGUCCCCAUUCCCUCAGGUCCAGUUCCGUUUCAUACGUCGAUUCCCCUCUACCCGUUCUUUCAAAACCAGAGCCCUGCAGCUGUUCCCAGUCAUUGUUCGUCCUAUCACCCGUUCGCUUCGUCGAGUAAUCCCUACGUCGAACAACAACCCACCCAACAGCUUCCCCCUCAUCCACAUCGGUGUAAUGAUGAUGAUCGUAGUACGACUCGGAAUGAGUCACGAAGCUGGUCGUCGGAGCGGUUACGGUGUGGCGUUUCAGAGCGAAGUUCCGACUUCAGUGAUGUUGUGACAGAGCUGGAACUUAAGAUACCAGGAUCUGCAAAUCGUUCUGAUUCAAAGUCAGCAAUAAUUCAGCAGAAUCAAUCCACAGAAGUGAGGAAAGGAUGUCGGUUGCGGCAGCUUCAGAGUAAGGGUGGCGAAAAUCCAAAUGGGAGCAGCUCGAGCAGGUGCUCUUCUCCACCUGGAUUGCCAGCGAGCUCGUCGAACAGCAAUGGAGGUGGCUCAGUGGCCAACAGCUCGUGAAUUUGGGUUUAGAUUAAGUCAUUAGUUGAAAAACAAAGAAGAGGAAGAGCCAUUGCUGAGUGCUGAAGAAGGUUAAGUCCAUUAUGCGUUCCAAUCCUGGGCUUUGUUCAUAUCUGGUUUCUCCCCUGCUGUAUCUCGGAAGAGAAACCGCAACUUAAUGUUUAUGUAGCAUGGAUUAAGGUUUUUUUAUGAAAUUAACGUAGCAUUCUUCAGGGAAUUUUAGUAUUUAAAGUUAUGUAAAGUAAUGCAUACAUUCUUGUUGUUGCUAUGUAUAUUAUUUCCAAAUAACAUGUGUGCGCGAGUUUAAUUUUUGUUGUUGGAGAGAGAAAAAAAUAUGGAUUAUUUCAGUAAGGGCAUUUUGUGAAUUGUAUCAU